AUGGAGCCCACGAUUAAGUGCGUUCACGCCUGGUUCACCCUGUGUGCAAUGCAAAUUAGGGAGGAGGGAGGAGGAAGUUGUCCCCUUUGCGACCCCUCACCACUCCCCUUUUCUGGCACGCAUGGAGAGGGAAUUGAAGACGAGGCGACCACGACUACGAAGACCACGUCCAGGGAUUCUACAGCGACUGAAAAUCGCAGCUUCUGCUUGUGUGGGAGAUGCGGCAUUUGUCGUUUCGGCUACAUCCGCAUUAGCUACGAACGAGGAUGCAUCCGGGAGGCCGACAUGCCGAUUCAACAUCUGGAUGCAAUUAAAAAGGCACCGAAUUCCAACAGCGAUCUGUGGAAUCGGCUGCGAGAACGUGAGAGCGCCAUUGUAGUUGGCUGUGUCAGUAAUCCGAGCCACAACACAAAAGCUCGCUACAUUGCAUUCACGGGCACCACUGUACCGUUGCUGAACAGGGGGUCGCUUUGUUGGACACAAAAGUUCAGUAGAAACUCGUUGGGUUAUUUGCGAGGCUUGGGUGACGUUCAGGAAAUCGAGAUCACGCUCCAAGCCCAACGAACCAUCUCAAAUCGCAACGGAUGCUGUGAAGAACCCCAGCCAAGGCGUUUUGAAUUUCCAGAUGCUCCCGACGAACUUGUUGGCGAUCAGCACGCCUGUGCGAGAUGUGAAAACGUACCGGUGUAUUCUCCCUUCCCGCCCUCCCGACGCUGCCGAAACCACUCCCAAGACCGCGUGCUCCCCUCUGCGUGGGUGGCCGCGUACCCCAACACGAACUUUCUCACGCUUUCCGCCCGGCUACCACCAUCGGUCGGGCAUAAAGUGAGCCUCCCCCUUUCUCCCCUUCACUCUCUGCGGACGUUGCUAAGGGCAAUCACUACACUGUAUGGAACUCUUCCAGCCCAACGCGAUGCCAUCCUAACAACCACUUAG